UGGUCAGGACAUGCUACGAGUUCCAGAACAUGUGCAGAGUGGAAGUGGAGUGAAUUUGCCUGGAGCAAGGAGUGGGUUUCCUGAAAGUUGGAGCAUGUGGGUUUCUCUCACUAGUGAAGAACUGGGGGGAAAUGGAUAUAAGGAGCAGCCCAUCUACAGCACCCGGGCACACGUCUUCCAGAUAGACCCCAGUACUAAGAAGAACUGGAUGCCCACCAGCAAGCAUGCGGUCACUGUAUCUUACUUCUAUGACAGUACCAGGAACGUGUACAGGAUCAUCAGCCUGGAUGGAUCAAAGUUUGCAGAAAAAUUUGCAGAGUACAAGGAAGCAGCCAGGAUGGCCAAGGAGAAGUCUCUAGAAAAGAUGGAGCUGGCAAGUUCGCCCUCUCAGGAAUCGCCUGCUGACAUUCAUUCCCCCCUGACUCCACCCGUCACUGCGGACCUCUGCCGAAUCAAUGGCACUGGUGAUGACGUCACUCUGUCUGACGUGUCACCAAAUUCUAUGCUCCAAUCAGAACUUUCCCCAACCACGCCGACCCUUGCACACAGCCCGACUACUAACAAACACUGGGAAGCAGAGCUUGCAGCACUAAAGAGCAACAAUGCCAAGCUCACAGCUGCUCUGCUGGAGUCCACAGCCAACGUCAAACAAUGGAAACAGCAGCUAGCAGCUUAUCAGGAAGAGGCUGAAAGGCUACACAAACGGGUUUCAGAAUUGGAAAGCCAGAGUAGUCAAACCAAUGUGAUCAAAUCCCAGAAAACAGAGCUGAACCAAACAAUAGAGGAGCUGGAGUGCACAUUAAAGGCAAAAGAAGAGGAAAUGGUGCGAUUGAAAGAACAAGUAGAAAAUGCAAAGCAGCUUCAAACUCAGAAAGAUGAACUCACUAAAACGUUAGAGGAUACAGACUUGCGGAAUAAGGAGCUUGAGGAACAGUUGGCUGAUCUGGAGCAACGUCUGGAGUCAAGUCAAGUGGAUCAGGAGAACCUCCGCAAGAACCUCAAAACCCUGCUGGAGAUUCUGGAUGGAAAGAUCUUCGAGCUGACAGAGCUGAGAGACAACCUAGCUAAGCUCAUAGAGGACAGCUAGACUCCUUCAAUGACUUUAAUGCCACUUUCCUUUCCUUUUUACAAAAUACACAGCGUCCGAUUCAGGCCAAGAGAGUCUGAUAUGCUUUUGGACUCUUGUUCACUCACUUACACGGAAUGAUAAACCUUUGGUUGCACUUGAUUUUGUAUUUUUGAGGUGGGUUCAUUCUUUUCAGUGCCACUGCUACCUACUGUAAUUUACUGUCAACAAUACCCCUGUACUUUUGUCGAUGUUUCCUCCAAUUUUCCCCCGAAAUAGGCAGCCUGCAAAGAACAUGGCUGCAUAUAGGCUCCUACUCUUUAAAGGUGCUGGUUUCGUGUGCCUGGCUGUUGGCAUUAAUGGACGUUUCUUAUGCUGCUGAGGACACUACUGAAUUACACUGACUGGAUCUUCAGUCGUAUUUUAAGACUGGAUAUUCAGAGCCAUAUGUUGUAGCCAAAUGUUAUUGGCUUGCCUCUUCCCUGUCAUGGAAACUGCCUCAAUGUUCAAUCAGUCAAAGUUUCAGGAUACUCAACCGCUGACCUAAAAAGCUCUUGACAUUUAGCAGACUUCGAGACGUAGAUGUGGCGUAUGCUUUAGGCCUGUAAUAUACACUGAGCAAUAUUAGUGUGAGCGUCUUUAUGCCAGAUUAGUGCAAGCCACUUCAAUGCAUCCGUCAGGUACUCAAACAGCUGAAAGGAUGAAUUUAUGGCCUGUUGUAGGUAUCCUUUGGAUUUCUCCAAUGACCAGUGUAAUGCUUUUGGAUCGUAUUGGCCUUAUAAUAUCCCGUAUCUAUACAUUUUUCAGGAUUUUCUUGAAGACGAUGAUCUUCCUUUGUUUGUUAACUUACCAAAUGCAAUUAUGUACUCGAUUCCUUACGAUUUUCAAUAACAAUAUUAUUGUAAUAUUUAAAAAGUCCAUCCUGCUGAUGGGUAUUACAAUACAUAUAUCAUGAUACAUAGGUCAGUAUGAUUGUAUUUAUAUGUGGGAAAAUUCUGUUUUAAAUUUCCCAAUGUUAAUAAAGA